AUGGCAUCUCUCCGCUCAACCUCUCGUCUCCUCCGGGGUUCCAGCGCUUUCAUGCGCCCUGUCAUGGCCUCUCGAUCGUAUGCCACUGUCGAGACCCCCGCAAAGCCCACCGAGGCGCCAGCCGCGACCACCAGCGCGCCAGCUCCAAAGAUGAAGACCUUCAAGAUCUAUCGAUGGAACCCCGAUGAGCCUACCGCCAAACCUCGCAUGCAGACAUAUACCAUCGACCUUAACAAGACGGGACCUAUGGUUUUGGAUGCUUUGAUCAGGAUCAAGAACGAGGAUGACCCAACCUUGACGUUUAGGAGGAGUUGCAGAGAGGGUAUCUGUGGUAGCUGUGCGAUGAACAUUGAUGGCGUGAACACUCUUGCUUGCCUUUGCCGUACUCCUACCGAUACCACCAAAGAGACUCGCAUCUAUCCUCUGCCACACACAUAUGUUGUCAAGGAUCUCGUUCCUGACAUGACUCAAUUCUACAAACAAUACAAGUCCAUCCAGCCUUAUCUGCAACGCGACACUCCAUCCCCUGAUGGCCGCGAGAACCGCCAAUCCCCCGCUGACAGAAAGAAACUUGACGGACUGUACGAAUGUAUCCUGUGCGCGUGCUGCUCGACAUCGUGUCCUUCCUACUGGUGGAACAGCGAGGAAUACCUUGGCCCGGCCCUUCUGCUCCAAUCUUACCGAUGGCUCAUCGACUCGCGAGACGAGCGAACUGAACAGCGUAAGGCUGCUCUCGACAACAGCAUGAGCGUGUACAGAUGCCAUACCAUCCUCAACUGCUCGAGAACCUGCCCCAAGGGAUUGAACCCUGGAAAGGCCAUUGCUGAAAUCAAGAAGAUGAUGUCCUUCAACUAG